CAAAAACGAAGUAUAAUUUGAUUUGUAUGUAUUUUCCUUUUAAAUAUUAUUUCAGCAAAAGUCUUGUACUGAAAAACGUAAACAUUCAGAUGGUCAGACUAAAAGCAGCGCUGUACUUUCAAAGAAUUGAGGUAUUACAGAUCAUGAAUCGCAUUUACAUGUGAUUAAGGGGAGCCAUGCGAUAAGGAUGCAUGCUAUCAAGCUGGGUGGUUGGCUAGUGUCUGUAGCGACAUUGCUUGCUGCGAAUAGUGGAGGAACAGACCCUUCAGGCCCAGUUCCGCCAUCUUGUCCAAGCAGCAAAUCUGACGAAACUUCAUCCAGAUUUAAACUGCUUGUCAGUACUCUUGAUGGGAGAGUCUCUUCAUUGGAUAUAGCUAACUAUGGAAAUCUAGAGUGGAGUAUUGAAGCAGAUGCUGCUCCACUGUUAUCAUCAAGCAUCAGUAAAAACUUAGAGAUCAAACGUAAUGGAAUAAAUGUCCGUCUUAUCCCAGCGUUAGAUGGUGGCCUUUAUCAGUUUGAUGGUGACAGUAUAGAACCUGUUCCUUUCACUGCAGACACAUUACUGAGCUCAUCGUUCAGGUUCACCGAUGAGUCCGUAAUUGUUGGAAAUAGAGAGACUCUAACAUUUGGUAUAGAUGCAACUGAUGGACAGUUGCGCUAUGUAUGCAGCCCUAGUGGAUGCCAGACAGUGGGGAAUGAUAUAGUGGAAGACAGUGAUGAUAUACUUGUGAUCAAACGUAACAGUCAGACAAUACGUGCUGUGGAGAUGAGGACAGGAGGAGAGAAAUGGAACUUCAGUGUUGGUGAACAUGAGGUGUCAUUUUUACCUGGAUCCUUUGAACCAGUUCAUUCCUACAGCUCCAAAACCCAAACUUCUGGUAUCAUAGAUGCAGGGGUUAAGGUCACAACUCAAGAGGCCGCAACCUCAUCAUCGGAUGUGAAACCUGCAGUUCCAAAUGUUGAAGAGGUGAAAGUUAACAAGGUGUUAGGAAACUCCAGAGAAGUUAUCGAAAGUGAAGAUGAUGAUGCUACAAUUAUAUCAUGCACUGCGGAAAUAAAUGAUGAUGAUGAUGAUGACAGCAAUGAGUCGGCCAAACCACAUCCUGCACCUGAGCCAUUGACUCCUAAGUCUGGAGUUAUUAAGAUCCUUGUACCCAAGGGACUGAUUCUCUUUGUUAACAAAGACAACCCUCAUGACAUCAUAUGGCAACACACAUUUGAUAGCCCUAUAGCCAAUGCUUGGGCCCUAAUAGGGAAUGAAUUAGAAGAUGUUAGUCUGUUUGAUGAUCGUCACAUUCCUGCACUAACAACUGAUGAGGAUGAGCAAGAAGAGAGACAUCCACCCCCUUUACUAUAUAUAGGUAACCACCUCAACCAGUUAUAUGUACAACCUAGUGUGCAGUUUGAAAAAGAGGUUGCAACUGUUGCAGAGGCUGCUGCAAAACAGGGGAAACUUUUACAAAUUCCUAGCAUUAAGUGGAAGCCUUAUAUUGCAACAGCUCCCUCCAGGACACCCAUUCUGAACACAAACAGUAGAGCUCUUAUAGACUAUGAGAAGGUAGAACGUGAGAACAAGACAGAAACAGCUCUCAUCACACACAAUGAGAUGGACUACCCAUAUGAUAAUGGGUGUUACUUGUUUGGAGACUUUACCCCAACAACUAGGCUUGAUGAGAUUGAGACCAAGGGAAAUGACACAAGAUAUAAUGGUGACACAUUUGACACUAUUAUAGCAGUAACACUGUGGAAUUGGUGGAAAGAAGUGUUGGCCAUCAGUCUGUGUUCUUCUAUAGUUAUGCACCUCUUUCUCACUAGAAUCAUGGUGAAAUAUAGAAGAGGUGUCUUGAAGAAACUUAUAUCAGAGGAAGAGUCUAUGGAGCAAGAGGGAGUUAAAGUGUCAGAAUUUGGUGACAUGGUCCUGCGACAAACCAGCCUUAGUGAGGCAUCUGAACCUGCCACCCCUUUCACAUCCAGAUAUGAGACAGAUUUUCAUCAGGUACAUUGUUUAGGUAAGGGUGGCUUUGGCGUGGUCUAUGAGGCCAUCAAUAAACUAGAUGACUGUCGCUAUGCUAUAAAGAGAGUCCAGUUACCUGCAAGUAAAACUGCAGAGGAGAAAGUGAAGCGAGAAGUGAAAGCUCUGGCAAAGUUAGAACACAUUGGCAUUGUGCGCUACUACCAGGCAUGGUUUGAGUCCCCACCACAGGGAUGGCAGGAGGGGAGAGACAAGGAUAUGGAGGACAGCGAGUGUCUCACACCCACUCCCUGUAACUCUAUUCGGGAUAACACGAGCUCUGUGGUUCCAAACUAUCUAAACAUGGACUUCAACCCACUAAAACCAUUUGGUGGUCAAAUGGACACCCAAGACCUGUUACAAGACACCUUAGAUAAACAUGAAAACUCAAGUUAUGGAUUUGUGCCUCAUAAAAACUUACCUAGUGACGAGAGUGGCUCAUUUAGCUUGGGGACCCCUGCUAACCAAUGUCAAUGUGAUAAUGAAGACUCUUUGGACAUACAGUUUACUAGUAUUAAUUCUGAAUCACAGACCCAAUCAGGGUCACCAUUUAAGCAGUAUAGGACACCUGCUAAUGAUUGCAAAUGUGAAAAUGAGGACUCUUUUGAUGUAGAAUUCAUAAACUCUAAUUCACAGACACAGUCUGGAGGAAGUAAACCGUACAUAAGACAUUUAGCCUCUGAUAUAUCUGAGUCAUUCAAUAUUGUAUUUGAAGACUCAGGAUGUAAGGACAAGUCCAGAGAUUCGCAACAUUCCAAUGAUAAAGUGCACUUAGAAUCAUCUAUGGAGCCCUCAAAUACAGACUCCUCUGAGGGAUUGUCAACUAUAUCUCAGGAUAUAAUAGUUUCAAAUACAAAGAGAAGUUAUACAAACAAUAAUUCAGAUUCACUGAAGAACAUUGUGAUAGAUCAAACCAAGGAAGAUUCAGGCUUAUUACAACCAAUGAAUGGCAUCACAAAUACAUGGACCAAAUCAUUAGCAGAUGUAGCCCCAAAGUGCCAACAUCAACUACAGCCAAAUUUGUAUCUAUACAUUCAAAUGCAACUAUGUAAAAGAGAAACCUUAAAAGAUUGGCUAAAUGCCCGAACUUUAAAUCGUGAUAAAUUUGAACUUCUGGACAUUUUUGAUCAAAUUUUGCAAGCAGUUGGAUAUGUACAUGACAGUGGACUCAUGCACAGGGAUUUAAAACCAUCUAAUAUAUUUUUCUCUCUUGAUGGUACUGUUAAAGUUGGUGAUUUUGGCUUGGUGACUGCCCUUGAUGAAGAAAUACAGAGACAUAGUGGUGUAGAGAAGGGGUCAAUGAAGAAACAUACUGAUCAAGUUGGGACCCAACUUUACAUGAGUCGAGAGCAAAUGGCAGGCAAGAGCUAUGACUACAAAGUUGAUAUUUUCUCACUAGGAAUGAUAUUCUUUGAGUUAUUCUACCCAUUCAGCACACAAAUGGAACGAGUGUCAACCUUAGUGAAGGUGAAGAACAGUCUCUUCCCAUCACGCUUCGUUAUGGAACUGCCUGAGGAGUACAACUUUGCUAAGUGGUUGUUAUCCAAGGACCCCAAGGAUCGGCCAUCCACUCACGAUAUAAUGAGUCACCAACUAAUGGAAGCAUUUGAAGCUCAGCGUCCAAAGAAACGAUUCCGAAGACGAACUGCCUCUAGUUCAAGCUCUGGCUCACUAGUUGGCCUUAACCUUGAGACCUGUAAACCAGAUACAAUCAGCGAGAGUCUGGGUUAGAUACAUUUUUAAGAGGCCUAGACCAGAAUGUGAGAGCAUGUGUAAAUAAUAGAGAACAAUAAAUUAUGCCAAUCUUAACAUACUAGCUUCAGGAUGGAAUAGUCUUAUUAUUCAGAGGUGGUAGUCUUGUGAUCGUUUCCAUCACACAUUGGUAUUUUGCAUACAUUUAUCACAUUUCUCAUUAUACUGAUAUUUUAAAUAACAUAAAGUAAGUUUUUAUGGGACCAAAUGCAUUCUGAUAAAAAAUGUUGAGUCAGUUAUUUUUUAUGUCACCACCAGGAAUAGUGACAUAUAUUGUUAUAGUCUCCAAAUUUUUUGUGGUUCUGCUGGAAAACCGAUUUUCAAAAUGGCCCUCAGUUUCAAAAUGGCCACCAUUUUAGUGUCAGUUUUACAGUAUUUUUGUACAGCAUAUAAAACUGCA